GUCCAUUAGGUACACCUGCUUGUUAAUAAAGCCUACGCCCCUAAACGUCGAAUCAAGUGACUGCAACUAAUUUCGUGCCGCUGCAAACCGGGUCAAGAGGUUCACUAGCUGAAUGAGGGCUACGCAUUAGAUGGGCUAAGAUGUGUGAUUACCAUACGCAAAAGGAGUCAGUCGCCCACCGUCUACCUUUGAAACGGUCCAGAGGGGAAAGUGUUUCCUACCUAAUACUUCAUAUCUUCUUAAGUACCACCAGUGGAUAUGACUAAAAAGAUGUCGUAACUCCCUCUAGCGGUUUCGGAAUGUCGUUGGGCAGGUUACAGAUACAAGGGCAAACGGAAGUCCCGCCCUUCCUUAACCGAAUGGAAGGGGUUUACUCUGUCUUAAACGCUAUUGGAUAAAUCCUUGUCAAUUAACUGACGUUACCCCUUACAACCGGAACAUCAUCCUCCUGCUGAGAAAUGGCAGCAUCCGGCAAAAUCGCGGCCUUCCGGCUGCCCCCUCUUCCGACCAUCGGAGAAAUCAUACGGCUGUACAACCUACGGGCAGAGAGGCAACUUUCCCAGAAUUUUCUCCUGGACAUGAAACUCACAGACAAAAUCGUGCGGCAGGCGGGGAGCCUAAAGGGCGCCCACGUGUGUGAAGUGGGCCCUGGGCCGGGGGGUCUGACCCGGUCGAUCCUGAACGCCGGUGCCGCCGACCUGCUGGUGGUGGAGAAGGACGCACGGUUCAUCCCGGGCCUGCAGCUCCUGUCGGAGGCAGCCCCAGGGAGAGUGAGAAUGGUGCAAGGUGACAUACUGACCUACAGAAUGGACAGAGGUUUUCCGAAAAAAAUAGCCAGGAAAUGGGAGGAGGAACCUCCAGAGCUGCACAUCAUUGGGAACCUCCCCUUCAGCGUCUCCACCCCCCUCAUCAUCAAGUGGCUGGAGGCCAUGUCUGACCGGACCGGCCCCUUUGCAUUCGGACGCACUCGGCUGACGCUCACCUUCCAGAAGGAGGUUGCGGAGAGGCUGACUGCCGGCCCUGGGAGCAGGCAGAGAAGCCGCCUGUCUGUCAUGGCCCAGCACCUCUGCAAAGUACGCGACUGUUUCACCAUCCCGGGACGAGCCUUUGUGCCAAAACCCAAGGUAGACGUGGGCGUAGUGCACUUCACUCCACUGGCUCAGCCCCACAUCCAACAGCCCUUCAAGCUGGUGGAGAAAGUCGUCAAGAACGUCUUCCAGUUUCGGAGGAAAUUCUGCCGCAGAGGGAUUGAGAUGCUCUUCCCGGAGGUGUCGCGUCUGGAGCUCGCUGAGCAAAUGCUGCGGAUGGCGGAUGUGGACCCAACCCUGCGGCCCACCCAGCUCUCAGUCGCCAAGUUCGGAGCUCUGGCGGAUGCCUACAGUGAACUGUGCGCGCGGAACCCAGGCCUGUUCUCCUACGACUUCAGAGAGGAGCGGAGGAACAAAGGCAGAGAUGAGGGUCUGCUUGUUGAAGGACUUGACAGCGAGGAAGAUGACGAAGAGCAUUACUGACACAGAGCGAGUCCACUGAGAUGAAAGGUGAAAAGACUCAUGAAGACGCAUUCUGGUGUUGACAUUUCAACAAGCAGGGGUGUGAAUUUUGAGAAACAAUUUCAGUACGAAAUAAGAUAAAUGUGGGAUGUUGGUGCAGGGGCGACGCUGGCCUUUGCCCCCGUGACAGCACACGUUUUACACGACUGUCACACUUCACGGAAUCAAGCGUCGAAUGAACUGUAACAGUGCAAGGACUGUGAUCUGGUUAUGGACCAGCACUUCAGCUAAUGAAUGUUGUUUGGUGUCCUAAGAGGUGAAUUGGUGGCCAAAAAUAUUUUUUUAUUCCUUGUGGAAUACUGCAUGCAUGAGAACAUGGUGGCACGGAGGCUAAUUCUCCCUUACUGCAGUCGUACGACUCAAAGGGAAGCUUAUGAUGAUUUUUUUUCCAAAGCUUUAAUGUGAAAACUAUUUAAUCUGAAAUUUGGAAACCUGAGUAGAUGCAAAACAUUUUUGGCGUGUCUGAAAUCUGUUUUGCAAUUAACAGUAAAAGUAUCCCCCGUUUUUUCCCUGGUGAA